AUGAGGCACCUCUGUGACAUCAUAUUUUGUAGUGACGGCAAGAAGGCCUGUGUUUCUCCAUGUCUGAGACCUGAUGGAUUGAAUGAGACGUGUGUGUCUCUGUUGCAGCCCAAUUACCUCCGAUUGAUGGCAUGCAUCAUCCUCAUCAUGCUUGGCAUUGUGAAUGCAAUGUUUGCAGUGCUGCUGCUUGGCGUGUAUGCCUACACCUAUGAAGCUCGCUCAAGUGCACAGCCCAUCAACAGGGAUGAUCAGCUUGCUCAGAACUCCAGCAAGCAGUCAGCAAAUGUGCCAUUAGUAUGGAAGCAGGUGGCUCAAUGGUUUGCGGAGGUCGUGGUGCCAGUCACUGUCUUCUGGCUACUGUUUCUCACCCCUGUUGCUGUGCGUGUUGCUCGUGGAUUCCUCCUCAGCCUGCUGGCCGUGGGGUUCCAUGCUGGUCUUCAUCGAUCGCCAUCCGAGCUUAAGCACAGGCGACAGCUUGGCAUUGUUCGCUGGAUGCAGAGAAAGUCUGACAUCCCAGAGGGGCUGCCAUUGCUUUGGCGAGAUGUGUGGCAGUGGCUCUGUGACCGCCUGACGGACCUGCACUACCAAUGGCAAUGGAAGAUGCUUGCACUCAGAGAUCAGAUCGCUUACCACUGGACUCUAAGGAAGGCAGAGCGGCGUGCCUGA